CUUGAUUCUAAGGCUCGAAGUUGAAAACCGCGGCACGAGCACCAGAUCAUGAAAGAGCGCAGGCCUGCAUAGCUACAGCGACGAGCGUUAUGCAGAAAACAUGAACUCGGACAUCGGCCGGCGGGAACCCAGCCAGCGAGACUUGGGUGUGAAUUGGUCCCAUCAGUACUCAGAGUGGCAGGUAGGAAGAGUAGUCGCGCAGGUGCCCAGGACACGAACCAGCCCCAUCUUCACCCGCAGUAGAGUCGCCCGUCAUGGAUCGCAGCCCAAUCCCCAGAGGCCGUCGUCGAGCGGGGACAAUGUGCUCCUGCCUUUCCGGCACAUGCCCCCGCCACGACGAGCCGAGUCGUACUCUCACCCUACGCCUCUCGAGGAGUUUCGCAGCUCGAGACGGUGGCCGCCGCAUGGAUACAGGAUGGACGAGGUCCUGAACCAUCAGGUCGCCGAGGACGUAAUAAGUGCUGGGGUAUCGACCUUUAAGGGAUAUUCGGAUGAGAUCCCCAAUGCUCCCCUAGGCUACGAUCGUUUCUAUGCCGUUAUGGAUUCCGCCCACCCCAGCAGGACAGACCGCUCCCUUUUUCAGCAUCAGGCCUACAAGGAUAUCUCGCUGAACAUGACGGGGCCCUCUGACAGCCUGUUUCCAUGGCUCUCGUUGGACCAGCCUUGCAUGGCCUAUGCGUUUGGGAAGAGUGCCGGAACUACUACUUUCAAUUUCUGGGUCAGCAAGUCCGGAAGCAGCAACCCUCCGAUGAAGUUUGUGGCCGAUGUGAAGCCGCGGAAGUUGAAACUCCUGCAAAUCUUGGAACGUUUAGCGCAUCUCGAGACGCAGGGCCUUGAGGAAGAAGAUCCAGAUGAGCUCUACCGAUAUCUAUACAGCACUCUCAUUGAGGAUCCGGACCGUUUCGGUAACCCUCAUUACAGAAUGGAGCAGCAGAUUACCGAUCUUAUCACCGUCCUGACUCACCCUUCCUGGAUAGACUUCUCGAACCCCAAGAACCAGGUUGUUGCUAAAUUCUUCGACUCCCCGGACCAACAUAGGAAGCAAGAUUUCUUUCAUCAACUUCUCCUUUCCGUUGAGCUAUAUCUACGAAUCCAUUCUAGCGGUCACCUGGACAAGGCCAAGCGGAAACUGAUAUUGCAGCUUCCUCCCACAAUCGCCUGGGACUUGGCCGUAGCACAACGUUGGCUGGAAAACAUGACCAUCACAAAAUCUCGGACUUCACAAAACCAAAGCACUUUUAGCUUUGAGCUAAGGAGCAAGGCCAGGCAGAAGGAAGCCCUCAAGACAUUCGCGGCAACCUUGAAGUGGCCAAAUAUGGAUGAAAUAGACUACGUCCUAGAUGAGAAGGACAGGGAGGAGAAGGCUUUAGAAGACCGUUCCGCAGACGCAAUGUCGUGGUUCUCGGGUAUUAUUCUGCCUGGGAAGACUCUUCCGUGGCUCAUUAUGAACAGUCUAAUAGACUGUGAUCGGGACACGGGAGAAGCUCUAAAAUAUCUGACCCACAUGCACCCCUCUGCAGGCUUUCAAUAUCGUGCUAAUACCUACUGGUCAUCUCAAUGCAUUGUGGGAAAAGUCCUAGGUGCAGCCCGAGGAGUAACGCAGAUCGCCGGUUGGAUUGGACCCUGCAUCUACACUCCGGAUCUUAAACGGACAGAAUGCGUACGAAUCAGACAAAAGGAGCCCUUGGAUCCCAGACUCACUGCUAAGGAUGUAGACACUAUGGACAUUCGCACCAACCCUCUCGGAAGGCCACAAGAGCCUAGCCAUCCAGUUGCUGACUAUGAAGUUCCAAUGCCGGAUAAGGACGACGUGACGGAUGUGAUUAGGAUGGAGAAACUUAGCUUCGUUCCUUUAAGAGAGCAACCCUCGUCCAGUCGCCAGGGCCCAGGAGCGCCACUGACGUUUGAUGCAGCGAUCUACUUCGCUUGCGGAGGCGAGAGUUGGCCAAUGAAGUUAAGAUACGAUGUCGAUUUCAUUCAAGCAUUUCCUUGUCACCAAGGUCCUCACGUUCUUUUCUAUGAGUUCGCCUACAAAGCUAUCAAAAUUGACGACGGCCUCGUCGACAUGCACGACUGGGGUCGUCAGUCUGGUCGCACUUCUCGUCCACCCUCUCGCCCGUCGUCAUCUCGCUCUUCGCCCUCGCCUAGAAAGGCGCUCACUCUCACUGCUGCCACUGAGGAUGCCCAUGUCCAAGUCAGGAAGGUGCUGGCAAUUGAGGCAUUGGGAGUCAGUGACAACGAGGUCUUUGCCCGAGCUUGGUGUGCCCAUCAUGGCCACAGUGCGAUUAUUGCGAAUAUCAAAGAGACUUGCAUGGCUUGUGCGAUAAGAGAGGCUUAUGCCGCUUGCAUCUCCGUGGUCAUAUUCACGGAAGGUGGAAAAGAGACGGAGAAGGAUAAGGGGGUGAACGGCUACUAAGACGAAGCUGCCUUGAAGGAACUGCCGCAUAGCUGGCUUUACAUUACCUCCCCGUCACUCUUCAUGAGGGCUUGAGACACGUCGUAUGGGGCUGUAGAUUAUGGCCCAGGAGCGUCUGGCUGUACGCUGCAUACACGGAGUGACCUUUUGAGGACACACUUCAUAAAACACUUUCACACCUUUUCCUUUGUUCACAUCUGGAGGGAGGAAUAAGAGCAGGGCUUUCAAUCAUGCACGUUGAGCGGCUGCCUGGGGCAAACUUACACGGAGCAUUUGGCUGGGAUCGGAAUGGCUUUUCGGGCAUGGGUCGGUUGGUUGGUGGCUUAGGCAAUGAGUGAUGCCGAUGAAGGCUACGUAGCAAUGUGCUACGAAUGUACGAUUUAAGAUUCUUUUUUAAUGAAUAAGGAUGAACUGUAGGACGAUGCUUUUAGA